AUGGGAAGCCGGAUCGAACGGUCUUUGACCCCGCCUCCACCAACUCUAGUACCCAGUCAGAGUGACAAGUCCCAAAAGACACUGCCUCCCUCAUCGCUUCCACUAAGCACGCCCCUUUCCAUCUUUUCUCCUUUGUACCCCUCCCCCGCAAUUCCCGGAGCACCGCAUAUAUCUCACACUUCGGCGUCGAGCCCUCAGCCAGUUCCGAAUCUAGUGCCGAUAAAGAGUGAGCCAUUGUCGCCCCUCCUACCUCGCACGUGGGAAGAAACGAUACGCCGCGAGGUGGAAAAAUCGGCCGUGUGCAACACGAGUGCGGACAUUAAACCUGUGAUUUCGCUGCCUUCUGAAACGAGGGGGGGAGAUAAGCGCAAUGACAUCCAGCCGCUGUUUCCUCACGCGACAGAAGCCGGCCCUCCUAGUCUGAUCCCGUCGUCGUCGGUUCCCAGUCAGGGUCCCCAGGGGCCCAUGAGGACUUCGACCCCGAACCUGAACCCGUCGGCACUCCCGAUUCUUCCUUCCCAGCCCGCGAUCAAAGGCCCCCCGCCACCCAGCAUCCCUCUCCUAGCGAUGCCACCAGAGGGUGCUCUCGGCGGGUUCCGACCAGAGCUGAUGAUGGCCAAGGUGGAGAAGGAGGAAGUCAGUGUGGCCGGUUCUGACUCUGAAAGGGAGGGAACUCCGAGUCCCGGUCCUGACCCAACCCCGUGCAACAGAGAAGUGCAUAAAAGCAAAUCAGCAAUAUUCCUACAGAUAUUGAACAGGGGAAGUAACUCAUGCUCACGCUGUGAUUUGAUUUUCCGACCUCUCCCCGACUCCAAGUUGUGUAAGAAGAGAGAGGACAGAGAGAAGAAAACAUCACAUCCCCCGCCAAAGGAGGAACCAAAAUCUGUGAAGCGUAUCGAGACACCGACCCCGCCGCGCGCCCACUCAUCAGAGGCCCGCGUGACGCCGAUCAGCUCGAGUCAGCCCCACACCCCGUUCUCCGACCGCCACACACCGCGCAGCAUGUACACCGACACUCCAGCACUCAGACAACUCAGUGAAUAUGCAAGACCUCAUGCAAUGAGUGAGAUUGUUAUUCUGUUAUUCCCCUGUACACUGACACCCCCGCUCUCGGACAGCUCAGUGAAUAUGCAAGACCUCAUGCAAUGA